AUGCGCUCCCUCUACUCCUCCCACGGUGCCCUCACAGGCCUAACCUUCCUCGACGGAAUCGAGUACCUCGACAACCCCGGUCCAGAAUACCUCAACCUUAGUGCUUCAAUGCUCCCAGCAGAUUGUGAGUAUCAGGUGUUGAGUAAAGAGGAGCUGCCCGAGGGAGUAAAAUGGGGGUGUCGCUAUCGAACGUGGUGCGUCAACCCGAUGGUGUAUCUGCAGUUUUUGUUGAGGAGGUUUGUGCAUCGUGGGGGGAAACUUCUUAAACGGGAGCUUCGUCACCCCCUUGAGGCGUUCUCUCUUCAGACAGUCUCAGACGCUUCCGUCGGAGCGGUCGUCAAUGCGUCCGGCUAUGGAUUGCCAGCUGAUCCAGCCGUAUACCCCAUCCGCGGCCAAACCGUCCUCGUCGCCUCCUCCGUCCCCUACACCAUCACCCGCCAACAUUCAGAUCCCAUGAAGUGGACCUUCUGCAUCCCCCGCGGCCUUGAAUCUGGCACCAUUAUCGGCGGCACAAAGGAACCACACGACUGGGAGUCGAAUCCACGUCCCGAAACCCGAGCUGAACUACUCUCCCGUAUGAAAGAGACGUAUGCCAAGAUCGUACCCGAGGGGAAGGACGGCGUGACGGUGUUGAGGGAUAUCGUUGGGAGAAGGUGGGCUCGGGAAGGAGGGCCUAGGGUCGAGGGGGAGGUUUUACAAGAGGGGAGGUUUGUGAUGCAUGCUUAUGGAUUGGGAGGAAGGGGGUAUGAGGUUAGUUGGGGGGUUGCGGAGGAGGUUGUUAGAGGGGUAAAGGGGUUUUUGGAGAGAGGGGUGAAACUUUGA